GCACGCCGGAAUUGGGUUAUAAAUGGUGUCACAGCGACAGUGGCAAACCAGGACAGUAGUACACUGUUAGGACAGCGCUACGUAAUAAAGAAUAUGAAGAGUCAAUAUGGCAUCAACAGACGAAAUACUUUUAACGACAACAAUACCUGAUGAUUUCCUCAAGUGUAAAAUCUGUUUUAAUAUUUAUGAACAGCCGAAAAUCCUGCCUUGUGUCCACACGUAUUGCUCACUGUGCAUAGAAAAACUGUUCGAGACAUCUGAUGAACCAGGUUCAAUAUUGUGUCCAGAAUGUAGAGAUUUUGUCACACUUCCACGGAAAACUGUUUCUGAUCUAAAACCUAAUUUCUUAAUCAACAGUCUCAUUGAGGUUCUGAAAGUGAAGACAAACAAAGACGUGAAAUGUACGACAUGUACACUCCGUGGAAAGACUUCGCCUGCCAAAAGUCGCUGUCUGGAUUGUGGAGAUUACUUAUGUCCAAGUUGUUCUGAUGGACACAAUGCCUCUUCAGCGACUUGGAAUCACAAGAAGGUUCUCUUGCAAGACAUCAGGAGAGGAUCAUAUGACAAAGAACUGAGAAACAUCCACAGGUUAACCUGCUCAAAACACAAGGGCAGACAACUUGAGUAUUUCUGUGAGAAAUGUCAAGCACCAAUAUGUCAGGUUUGUAUUUUACUUGUACAUCGGGAUCAUAGAUGUGUACAAGUCACCGAUGCGGUUUCAAGUCAGAAGAGUCGUCUUACCAGCCACAUUAAAAAUGUAAAGGAAAAAUUGCAGAAGCUUGAAAGUGAAACGAAAAUGGCAUGCGAAAUUAUAGCAUGUGUUAAAAAACAUAAGGCUGAAGCCAUUGUUAGCACCGAAGAACAGAUAGCAGGAAUUCGAGCAGAAAUAGAACAUCACAAAGAAAAGGCAUUGGCUAUGGUGAACAGUAUAAUGAAAUACAAAAUAGAACAGCAAGAAACGCAGGUGGAAAAUACGAAUGUGAAAAUAAUCAUAGCAAAAGAUUGCCUGCAAUUUUGUGAGAAAUUGAUAGAACAAGGACAAGACGAAGAGAUGCUUUCUCUGGCGGAGACAAUCACCAAGCGUCUCCAGCAAGUGGAAUCGUUAUCAUCUCCUGAAGUGGAAGCAUUAUCUACUCCUGAAGUGGAAGCAUUAUCAUCUCCUGAAGUGGAAGAAUUAUCAUCUCCUGAAAUGGAAGCAUUAUCAUCUCCUGAAGUGGAAGCAUUAUCAUCUCCUGAAGUGGAAGCAUUAUUAUCUCCUGACGUGGAAGCAUUAUCUACUCCUGAAGUAGAAGCAUCUGGUGGAGAGGAAUUGCCCGAUACUGAUAGAGAAAAAGCCCCUGGUGUACAUGACGUAGAAUGGUUACUGGGAAACGAAGCUGUCAGUUGUCAGUUCAAAUCUAAAGAGAGUGUUGGGAGUUUAUGUGUCUCAUUUAACCUUUUGCAGAGUUUUGACACCGAGUAUGAAGAUGAUGAGGAGCAUCCAAUGGUAAGAGGCAUGACAAUACACAACAAUGUUAUUUAUCUUUCCGAUAGUGCAAAUGGCAAAAUUAAAUGCAUCUCUAAACUGGGGGCUUUAAAGGAAUGUGUGGCACCUAAAUACGAAGAUAGUUUUUCACCAUUUGCUGUUGCUGUCUGUAACAACGUCAUAGGCGCCGUGAAUGAAAAUUACUUAUAUCUGUUUGACGACAAUGGUAAGAUGAUAACCAAGGUUGUACUGGCUGCGAAGUGGCCCACCUAUCACGAACUGCGCUUCACGUUUGCCCUUGCGAACUACCAGAAUGAAGGUUUUAUUGUGGGGAACCUGCCUCAUGAUCAUUUUCGAAUAUACACCACAGACGGAACACUGCUAAAACGAUUUGUGAUGCUACACUUUCAUCCCUUGGCAAAUCUAAGCGUUGGUCGAAAUGGCCAUUUUGUCACAUGUGAGUGGGGAGAUGAUUCCGUCCGCGUUCGUAACACUGAUGGUAAGACCGUAACCUAUUGCCAAAUAGCAUCCUCGUGGAAAGCAGUCGCAGCUCACAUAAACCAAGCGGGUCUUAUCUUUGCUGUUGACAAUCUUCAAGCCGCCGUGUUUGUGUUCGACCAAAACGGGAGUCUUUUACACGAACACUCCACGAAAAGAGACGGUUUGUUUAAACCCGUAAAUCUUGCAUUUGACGAUGAAGGUUUAAUGUACUUGGUUAACACCCACGGGAACGUUAAUGUUUAUAGAAUUAAUGUUAGUACUUCCGUGUAGAAUUUCGUGGGCAAUAGGAUGAGCAGUACUACAUCAAAACAUUAUAAAGACUUUAUGCAAGUUUGUACUCGGAUGAAGUCAGUGGUUCGCAUUGUGUCAUUUAGUAUAAUGAAUGAAUGAAUGAAUGAAUGUUUAACGACACCCAUUCAUUUAUUCAUUCAUUCAUUCAUUCAUUCAUUCAUUCAUUCAUUAUAAGCACCCACAUCAUUUUAUAAUCAUUACGUACAAAACAAAAACCUGGAGCCAGUUGUUUAAAUGUUAGUUUGCGUAACCAGUCGUUAAGAGAUAUUAUCAAAACCUGAUAUCAAAGAACAAUUGAAAAGAUAUGUUGAAACUUGAAUUAGAACAGCAUAAAGUAUCUAUUCGUAAUUUUAAAUUGUUUUUUAUUUAAAUAUAUUUAAAUGACAAAUACCACGCUAACCUAAGGUUAGCUUAUCCAUGCUUUAAAGCCGCACACCCUAGUUCCAUCCAGCGAAAAUAAAUUAUAAUUUGGUUAAUCUACAAACCUGUAACACACUUAGAUCACGUUUUUAUCAAAUGGAGUGAAAAAGCA